AUGUGCAUGUCCCCAGCCUAUUCUGAAUAUUAUAGCAGACAGGCAUUACCUCUGCUUCAGGAUAUUGCUUUUGAUAAUAUGAACAAAACCAACAAGCACAAAAAUUUGUUGGAGCAAUCACUGAUUCUCUUUUCUGGUACUUUCCUAGGUUACAAACAAAAGUAUGCAAAGUAUGUGAAGGAAGAAUGCAAGAAUAUAGAGGAAAGGAACAGCCUGUGUGGUGAGAGCACUCCUUUGAAUUCAUGCUAUGCAGAGCUGCUUAUUAUCAAGAAGCAUCAACCCCAAAAGCAGAAGGAGCAUGAACUCCUUGCCACUGGCAGAAGGCACCUGGAAAUCCUGAGAACCAAUAGCGAUCAUUUAUCAACCGACAUCGAAGAUUUAUUUGAGCCUGAUAAAUCGGGAAUUCCAAAAACAGUGGUGUUGCAAGGACCUGCAGGGAUUGGGAAAAGCAUGACUGUGCAGAAGAUCAUGCUGGACUGGGCUGAUGGGCAGCUCUAUCCCGAUAUGUUUGAUUAUGUAUUUUGCAUUCGUUGCAGGGAAUUGGACUUUGUUAAAAAAGCCAGCAGCUUGGCUGAACUUAUUGUUGAGCAGUGUCAGGACAGAGACGCCCCAGUGGAAGAAAUCUUAGCCCACCCUGAAAAACUGCUCUUUAUCAUUGAUGGUUUUGAUGAGCUUUCUCACUUUUUAGAAUCUGAAGGUAACUGGUGUGAGAAGCCUAAUUUAAAGAUGCCUUUGGAAAGUAUUUUAAACAGCCUGCUGAGAAAGACACUCUUGCCAGAGUCCUUCCUCUUAAUCACCACAAGGCCGGGUGCUCUAGAGAGACUGCAGCAAUGCUUGAAGUACCCCAGGUUCACCGAGAUCGUUGGCUUCUCUGAAAAAGGUCGCCGUGAGUUUUUUUCCAAGUUUUUCGAAGAGGAGAAGAAAGCCAGCAUUGCCCUGAGAUUCAUUGAAAAUACGGUUGCAGUGUCCACCAUCUGCUUCAUCCCAAUGGUGUGCUGGAUCAUUUGUUCUGUGAUUAAGAUAGAACUGGAAACUGAAGAUGAGAUUGCAGGCACCUUGGAUACCACAACAAAAGUGUUUUUGCAGUUUUCUCAUAUUCUUCUUAAGCACGAUAAUCCCAGAUGGAAAAACUCCCCUCAAAAUGAGCUCAGAAAACUUUGUUCUUUGGCCAGAGCUGGCAUCAUGCAACAAAAAAUCCUCUUUGAAGAGCAGGAUCUCAAAGAACAUUGCUUGGAUGUUUCAGCUCUUAAGGAUCUCUUUUUAGAGAAAAGAGCUUUCAGGGCAGGUUUGGGCAGGCGCAGUCUCUACAGUUUUUUCCAUCUCUGUUUCCAAGAGUUUUUUGCCGCCAUGUGGUAUAUACUGCCAGCGGAAUCAGCGGAAGAGAUGGAUCACGUUAUGGCCGACUUGCAGAGAGUAUUGGAUGAAUGGGAGAUGCCAAAUAAUCAACAUUUUGCACUAACUGUAUGUUUCAUAUUUGGCCUGACAAAUGAAAAGACACACGUCUUCUUUGAGCAAACCUUGCAAUGCAAGAUUUCUGACCUUGUAAAACCGCUCUUAUUACAGAAAGCAGAAGAAGUAGCUGUUAAGAAGCCCGUUCAAAAACACUAUUUCCUGCUGAAUUUUUUUCACUGCUUGUUUGAGAGCCAGGAGCCAGAAUUUGCAAAGCGUGUGAUGCCUCACUUCCAAAUUAUUGACUUUUCCUUCAACACGCUGUCCGUGUUAGACUGCAAAGUUUUGGCGUUUUGUCUGCAACAUAGUACAAUUGAGGAUCAUUCCCUUAUCUUAAAUAUCUGCAGGUUGCAACCUCAUCACAUCAAGGCUUUGGCUCCAGGAAUUAAGAACUGUACAACUCUAGAGUUUGGAGAUAACAAACUUGGAAACUCAGGAGUGAAUGUUCUCUGUACCAUUCUGAAGCAACUGGGUUGUAAUUUGGCUAAUUUAACACUUGAUCGCAAUUACCUCACAGAUGCUUGUGCCCAAGAGCUUUGUGCUGUUCUCAGAGCUAGUCACAGACUUUACAGUUUAGCUCUUCAAGAUAACUCCUUCACCGAGAAAUCUGCCCCAUUCAUCCAAGACUUGAUGGAAAAUUGCACCACCUUGAGUAUCAUAUAUUUGGAGUCAAAUAGCUUUAAUGAAAGAGGACAAAGACGGCUGGAUCGGCAAGCCAAGAAGAUAAGUGAAUCAGGACGUCCCUUUUUGUUAUGGAUGUGACUGUAUUCGCUCAUGGCAGCUACAAAACAAAAAGCAAUCCUUCCAGAACAUUUUCAAAGAGGUAUUGCCACAGGUUUAUACCAAUUUGUUGCUGAAAACAAUUUUCAGACAAAAAUGUUGAUAGGAAUAAUCAUUAGUGUUUUAUAAUAUUAUGGCAUAUUGCUUCCCAGGAAAUCACUUUGUUUGAAAAACAUUAAAUAUCCUCUAAUAUUUAGGAAAAUGGCAAAACCAUUUGACCAAAUAUUUAACCAUUGAUUCUAACCCAAGGGUGCUUUUUCAAGAGGCAACUGGACUUUCUGUUUUUUCUUUGAAGACAUUUCACUUCUCACCUGAGAAGCUUCUUCAGCUCUGAACAGAUACUAAAAGAAAUAUUUGUAUUAUAAUAUCACUAAAGUUGAUUUUAUUUAGAUGUAUUUUCAAGGUCCCUUUUUGCGGCCAAUUUACCCUAUAGUGUGUUAAUUAUAAAUAUCUAGUAAAGGACAAUCAGUAUACAACUGGAGAUUCCUGUGAAAUGUUAAUUAUAAAUGAAGCAAUCUAAGAAGAACAGUUUUCUCAAUAUUGCAUUAUUUAAAUUGUAUUUGUUCCAGUUCUGUUUAAUUGAGUACAUGUAUAUUAUACCCUCUGAAGUCAGAUGCCAAUGAGGAAAAUUUGAAAUUGAGCUGCUUAGCAUAUUAAUCCACCAAAACUAAAAUUAUAUAGCUAAAAAGCAAGGAGAGAGUUAAUUUCACAAAGGUGAAUAAACCUACUAGCAGAGAGAUAGAUCAGAACAUCAUAGCACAUUUUGGGGUAUUUUAUAAUAGAUUGUCUCUAAUGUGUAGGAUUUAAAUUUCCAAUAUAAAAAUAAGCAAUUAUAUCAUAAUCUCAUAUUAGUCAUCUCUUUGCCAGAUUUAGUGAUUACCUGCAAAAGUGAACAGCAGUCUGCCUUUAAUCAAUUAUUGUCAAUUAUUUUUUCUGAGAGACAAUCUGUCUUUAAAUAGAAUGAUAUAAAGGAAUGUUAAAGUGCUUCAGAUAACAAAACUUGCCUGUUUUCAUAGAACCCUGGAUGCUGGCUUGUUGAGAGAAUUUCAUAAUGGAAUUAUAACA